GCGGCUGCACGUGCGGGCGGGGGCGAUGCGUCACUGAUCGGUGAGGCGCGGCGGAGGGGUUGGCCUCCCUCCGGAGCCAGCGGCCGGCCCCCUCCCCAGAACCAGGAUGAAUAUGACUCAAGCCCGAGUUGUGGUGGCCGCCGCGGUGGGUCUGGUGGUUGUCUUCCUGUACGCCUCCAUCCACAAGAUCGAGGAAGGACACCUGGCUGUGUACUACAGGGGAGGAGCUUUACUAACUAGCCCCAGUGGACCAGGCUACCAUAUCAUGUUGCCUUUCAUUACUACGUUCAGAUCUGUGCAGACGACACUACAAACUGAUGAAGUUAAAAAUGUGCCUUGUGGAACAAGUGGUGGAGUCAUGAUCUAUAUUGACCGAAUAGAAGUUGUUAAUAUGUUAGCUCCUUUUGCAGUGUUUGACAUUGUGAGGAACUACACUGCAGAUUAUGACAAGACCUUAAUCUUCAAUAAAAUCCACCAUGAACUGAACCAGUUUUGCAGUGCCCACACACUUCAAGAGGUUUACAUUGAAUUGUUUGAUCAAAUAGAUGAAAACCUGAAGCAAGCUCUGCAGAAAGAUUUAAACGUCAUGGCCCCAGGCCUCACAAUACAGGCUGUGCGUGUUACAAAACCCAAAAUCCCAGAAGCCAUAAGAAGAAAUUUUGAGUUAAUGGAGGCUGAGAAGACAAAACUUCUUAUAGCAGCACAGAAACAAAAGGUUGUCGAGAAAGAAGCUGAGACAGAGAGAAAAAAAGCUGUUAUAGAAGCAGAGAAGGUUGCGCAAGUGGCAAAAAUUCGGUUUCAACAAAAGGUCAUGGAGAAAGAAACUGAAAAGCGCAUUUCUGAAAUUGAAGAUGCUGCGUUCCUGGCCCGAGAGAAAGCCAAAGCAGAUGCUGAGUACUACGCUGCACACAAAUACGCCACCUCAAAUAAGCACAAGUUGACGCCGGAAUAUCUGGAGCUCAAAAGGUACCAGGCCAUUGCUUCUAACAGUAAGAUCUACUUUGGCAGCAAUAUCCCUAGCAUGUUCGUGGACUCCUCUUGUGCUUUGAAAUAUUCAGACCUCAGGACUGGAAGAAAAAGCUCUCUCCCCUCUAAGGAGGCUGUUGAACCCUCUGGGGAGGGCCCCAUCCAAAACAAAGAAAGCACAGGUUGAUGCAAGAGGUAGAAAUGUUCUACCAUACCAGUCUGUGACCCAAGGGGUUAAGUGGGAACAAUGGUUAUACAACUCUUCAGACUUAGUGGGAAUUUGCGCCGUCUGUUCUGCCUCUCCUGUGGUCGUCCUGAUUGCAGGAUGCAGCCAGCUGCCUGGCCCCCAGAUGGUCUUGUCAGCCACAGUUUCAUAAUUAUCCUGUAUGUGUUCUUUUCUAAACUGGUACUUGUGAUUGAGGGAAAGUCUGAUGCUAAGAUACUGCCUGCACUGGAAUGUUAAACACUAAAUACAUUACAAGCUGUGUUUUUCUAAGCUGACAUACGAAUAAUGUUUACAUUGGUACCCGGGGAAAUGUGUGCUCAGCCAUUCAAGAGACACCAGAGAAAAGACGCCAGGAUGUGGUAAGUGUGAAGAAGACUGGUAACACCUGGACCCAGGAGCUCUUUGGGUUCCAGUACCAGCCUCCAUUCAUGAGGUUAACAUCUGGUCUGCUGAAGUUCCCAGGAAAUGAUCUUCCACUUGAGCAACCAUUUACUUGAUAUGAUUUGCACCUUUUGUUUUCCUGCCAUCAGGUCGGUGGUCUGCUGGGAAAUGCCCCUUGCCACCUAACCAGAGACUCCUCAUAGAACUCGCUAAUCACUAGUUUACUGCAUUGGUUGGCUCAGAGAGAAAUUGGUUGAAGUUUGGGGUGAGAGGAAACCUUUACUUUGAACCAGUUUGCAUCUGGGGCCCUGCAUCCCCCUUCACUGGGUGAUGACUGACUUGUGUUCCCGCCUCAGGCCAAGAGUGACUUAAGGGGCCUGGUUUUUAGUUCAUGGACAGCUUUUUAUAUGUCACCUCUUAGCUCUGGCUGGCCAAGAGCAGGACAGAGCUCUGCCCAGACGGGAGCAGCAUGCAGUUCUCACUGUUCACUGCACAGUAUCGUGUCAUAGUUGCAGGAAGUUUUUAUGUUUGAAACUGGACUUGGGAUACAUUCAUUUGCCCUGCCACCUCUGCCUGAAGGUGAAAUCCUAGGGCUGUUGUGGUCAGCACAGACUGCUCCUUACUGUUGUUUGUCAGGUACCCACAUAGUAUGGAACAACGUAACUUAGAAAGUAACCUUGGGCAUCUUUUUCUGUUUCCCUCCCGGCACUGAGAUACUGAAAUCAAAGUUGCUUUUCCAAAUCAGAAAUCCACUAGCUCCUGGCAGUCAGUGGAUCAAAUCUUCCAUGAAAGAUGACAGAAGUAGCCUGUGCUGUGGGAGACCUUUUAUCUGAACCCUUUUCCAUUAAGAUAAACUUCCCAAAAUCAUGUGUGCCAUCGUUAGGCCUGAGUUUGUGCAGCUGGUUAAACACCUUCUGUAUGCACUAUGUGGAGUGAGACAGAAAACAUGGGCCAUGUCCAGAAGCCUUCAGCCGGCUGACAGUCCUCUCUGUCUUGUAACAGCAUAUGGGUUGUGCCAAACACUGUUUGGGAAAAGCUCAGGUUUCAGUGGGUCUUUUCCCUGGGCCUUAAACUAUAGAGGCAUUUGUAAUGUGGAGAGAAUCAUUUUUUUGUUUUGGCCCACUUUAUUAGAUACAUUUUCUUUAUGAGUGUAUUUUGUGUUUCUAGCCCUCCUUAAAAGAACUGUUUUGAACUGUAGAAACUCUUCACCUGUCAUAUUGUUGCUGCAGAUAAAAAUGGUUACUGUGGGGUGUCUGGAUCGUUGCCCUCUGUGCUUUCACUCCUAACGAUGCUUCCUACUCAUGUGAGCUAAAAGCGUUUGCCCCAACUCGCUGGAUGUGGGUUUUCUAACAAACCAGCCUUGGUGGCAGAGUAGAAGAACAGGGAUAUAGCAUUGUGAAGUUUUAAAUAAAGUACUUCCACUUGAACUCCCACGGAGAGUGCUUCCCUGUGCUCGCUCAGUGAGCUCCAAGUCUAUCCCUCCUUCAGGGAUAUUCCUUUUGGCAAAUAUACACUGUAAUCUUGAGGUCUAAAUUUAUAUGUGAAAUGCUACCUUUUUUAAAAAGAAACUAAAUAAAAUUAUUUUAC